AUGGCAGGGGACGAGAGCAGGGAACUACGGUACAUCCAGCUCCUGAAGGAGAUGCUGAUGCUGGCAGCCUCCAAGGGCACGCGCCUUGUUCUGGACGACCGAGACAUGCGCGGCGAUGCUUUGGAGUUCCAGGCCGUGUGCAGCUUCCUGAAAAAGGCAGUUUUUUUGGACGAGGUAGAUCUCUCCAGGAACGACCUCGGAGCAGAGGAGGGUCAGGCCCUGGCCGCCAGCAUCGCUGCCAACGGCUCCAUCAUCGACUUGAAGCUGUCGGGAAAUUGUCUUGGAACCACCGGCAUGCAGGCCCUGGCUGAAAAAUCCUUGCGCACUCGGAGCCUUCGGCACCUCAGCGUCGCUGGCAACGGCCUGGGUGCGGCCGGCUUCCAGGCCUUGGCAGAGGCUUUGGCGGAGACUUCCCUGCUGGAGUCUCUGGACGUGGGCUCCAACGAUCUCGGACCGGAGUGCGCUGAGGCCCUGAAGACGGUCCUGAGCAUCGCGACUCUGACGGACUUCCGAGCCGACCAGAACACCUUGGCGGGUGCAGUUGCCAAG